AAACACAGUAGAGCAAGCGCGAGUCAGACGCAGUUCGAGGCGAGACUUCGCCCGCGCAACUUCAACCCUUAAAUUUAUAUCUGCUUCAAGGCUUAUUUGUGCUGCGAAAAGUUUUCGUAACUUGUGGUUUUGAUUAAAUAAAUAAAUUAUUCGUUUUUUAAUGACAAUUUCACGGAAUUUUAUCAUUUUUUUCGAAUAAUAUUGUGAUCGAAAUUUGUUUACUAAAUUAUUAUUUUGAGUUUUAAAAGUUCCAAUAAACUUUUGAUGUAGAUUUAAUUCUUCAUCAUGCAUCAAAUAAUUUUCCUGCUACUCCUACUACUCUUCAAAGUGUGUUACGGCAUUCAGAUGUUUGAAGAGACACCGAGGUACACGGAAAUAAAUCCGGGGGAAGAUGCUAAGCUUAUUUGCCGUGUUUCUGGCAAACGCGGAUUAUGUAUUUGGCAGAAGGAUCAAAAGCCAAUUGGAAUGCAUUUAAAAAAAUAUGAAUGGGUCGCCUCGCCAGAUUUGGGUGACUGCUCGCUUUGGGUACGAUCAGCAACCCUAGAAUUUGACGACGGAUUAUGGCAGUGUCAAGUCACCGCCAGUGAUUUUACAACGCAAGAUGCGCUGGCUUCAGAACCAGCCCGAUUAGUAGUCAGAGUCAGCCCUCAGCGGCCGCAGAUAGAGUAUGCUGGUGGUGUAAUUCUACCGGGUGGCAACGUGACAGCCCGAGCAGGUGAGAUUGCUACGCUCACUUGCACUGCUCGCUAUGGGAAUCCUCCGCCUCUAAUUAAAUGGUAUCUGAGGGACACGGAGCUGAGAACCACGAGGCCGCAAGUAAAUGCCACGGAGAUUGAUAACCCACGAACGUGGUCCACCAGGAGUGUUUGCGAUAUCGAGGCAGAUCGCUCCAGAUAUGGACACCUCAUUCGAUGCGAAGCCAAUCAUCCGGCAUAUCCUACGAAAACUUCUAAUGUUGAAGUGCGGUUUGAUGUUACUUAUGCGCCAGAAACUCGGCUCGUCGGAGUGCCAGUAGGGCCAUUAGAAGAAGGCCGGGAUAAAUUAGAAAUCCGAUGCCUCGCAAAUGCAAAUCCAACAGCAUCAAUUCUAUGGAAACGAAUAAAAGGCGCAGACAUGGAAGUUGUCGGUAUUGGGGAAGCUUUGAUGUAUUCACCAGUCCAUAGAAAUCACGCCGCGACCUACGUUUGCUCGGCAUCCAAUACUGAGGGUGAAAGUAGCCCAGUUUCCGUUCAAAUAUCCAUUAAUUUUCCGCCGAAAAUAGACUCUGUUGGACCAGAUCGAUUGUCAACCGCGCUUCUCUACUCCGGAGCUUCUUUUGAAUGCAAUGCCGACGCUAUGCCACCUGCUGAAUACAGAUGGGAACAAGUGUUUACUGAUGGAAGACCUCCAGCUGAGUGUGGGAAAGGUCAACGUCUAAUUCUUACAAAUGUUACUUAUGAGCAACAGGGUCAAUAUAUAUGUCUAGCGUCCAACACGAUAAAUGGAAAAGUUCGUGAAGUUAAGAGCAUUCCAGUAUCUCUGGAAGUUGUUGGAGCUCCGAGGAUAGUGAAGCCAUUAAGCACCGAGAAAUACAUCGUAUCGACAACAGAAGGAAAUCCCGCCAGAUUGGAAAUCAGAUUGUGCUCGAAUCCAAAGCCGCGACUGGUCGCCUGGGAGUGGGGCAGCACGAGACUCCAUGCCGGUGAAGUGUUGGAGUCGCGGUACAGAGCAUUAGACUUAGAACCACUGCCAUUAGAAGAUUGUUUUGUUGCAACUUUAGAGUUAACUAGUACUGUUAAAGAGGACCAAAGACUUUAUUACGUAAUUGUUGAAAAUGACCGCGGGAGCGAUAGGCGGACAUUGAUGCUGCGAGUAGACGAGCCAGGCCAGAUACCGCUGGUUAUUGGAGCAGUGGCGGGAUUCACCGUCCUCUCGGUUUUGAUAAUGGGUUUCAUUUGUUUUCUCCGUUCAGACAGAUGUUGCGUCUCCAGAAACACUGGCCCGACGCUUCAGCAAGUUCACUGUACAAAAGCGUCAAAUGCAAUGAUAGAAGAUCCAAGGCUGAGCGUGGAGCCAAUGGAGCGAGCGAGAGAACAAUUUACAUCAGAGAAACGUCAAAAUCACGUGUUGAAGCCAGUACCGACUCAACAGUACCAACAAGACUGUUAUCAACUAAAUCGGCAUGAGCCUCUGCACGAGCCACACUACCAGAGGCAUCAUCACCACACCCAACAACUUCAUGGACCUCAGUACACACUUCAGCGUGGAACUGGGCUGAAGACCGAAAGACUGAACGAUUCUAAUUCAAUCCGGAAUGUUUCGCGACCUCGUUACAGGACCUAGAUGAACGUGUCUCUUAAGGGUAGCCCCAAAAUACUAUGAACAAUGAGAUUGCCAAACUCAGAAGCUAUAUAGGUAUUGUUGUUUAAGGGAUGAACGCUCAAGCCUGCCUGUGACGCUCACCGAAUAAGUGUGAUUCACCAAUACAAUGACUAAUUAUUACAAUGUAAUAAAUAAUCAAAUUUUAAAACUGAUGAUUUAAUAAAUUUAAAUUACUUAUAUAAUAAAU